AUGGCACCAACAUCCAUAACGGGGACGCAUUCGCCAGCUGUGCCGGGCAGAGCAAGCACAUUUCGCGACCAACGCUACCAUCUCAUCCGGGAGAUCGACGGCCACGAACGAGAAAGGUUCAAUAACGUGGCAUAUCGAUGGCGAUUCGAGGCCGAGUUCUACUUCGGCAACGUCGAGGCGAGUGUUCUGUCGUAUGAUGUGUACAAUAUUGAAACCGGUGGCGGUCCACUGAUCGACGGUGGUGGCAAAACGCGCACCGCAAAGCGGCGGCGACGGUGGCAGUAGAUAACGCGUCGCGGAUACGUGGAGUUUCAAUCAGACCGCUUGUCCCUGAGCUGGGGCCUUGUCGGCGCCAGCAAGUUGCCGCUGACCGCUGUUCGUGAACAUCUUUCCUCGUUUUACAUUAUGCAUAAACGUCAUUCUUCAGGCGAGAAUACGCUUCUUAGUAGAGUAAUAGCUGGCUAACAACAAUAACUCGUAUACGUCGCGGUUAAACAGUUACCGAUGCUUCUAUCGGCGUGACGUCG